AUGAUGAAGAAAAUUUUGUCUAUAUUCCAACCCUGGCCCGCCCGAUCAUCGGUUGUUUGUCUGUACUUUGUGGUCGUUGGGACCGCCUAUGUCCACGUCCACGAUCGCCGUGUUGUUUCGAAUCCAAGCAGCCCUGACCAUGACCCUGACCCUGAACCCCUCUUCCCUCUUCCCUCUUCCCUCUUCCUCCCCCACUCCCAUCUUUACAGGGAAAGCCGCCAGGAACACACCCUAUCCGUGAUGAUUGAUCACGAGAAGCGAGGCGAUCCAGGCGAAGAACGGCUGGCUAAACCCGAGCCUAUGCGCUCUUGGCUUCGUAUCAGAGCUCCAUCCUCCAUAAACCACGUUCUCGUCUUCGAAUCUCCUCACACGACCUCAUACGGCUCAUACCCGACUCCCACGACUAUACCAACAGACAGCGCAUUACUCAUCCAGUCACCUGUCUCUAUCACCACCUGCAUCCAUUGUCACCGACUCGUCAACACCGCAACUGCUACUUCUACUGCUACUGCUACAGUCUUCUUUACUACCGCUUCUCCCUCACCGCUCACGGGCAUCUCGUCGUUCUUGUCCUUUGCCACCACAACCGCCAUCACCACGCUCACAUCGCCUGCCAGUGUAUACCUGCUCACGUCGGACAUCGAUCUGCCUCUAGAUCCGCACACCGCGUUCUGUGAAUCGCUUUCGUGCUGGACCUCUCCCGUCUAG